UACCGCCAUUUUUCUUUCCAUGUGAGAUCAUACUGCGAUCUUAUUUUUCAUUAUUUUGUAUAAUGCACAGAUAUAUGUCGUGUUGCUAAAGUAUCACUGAAGAUACUGGCCAUCAAAUUAAAUUAUCUGUUAUUUGUGUAGCCUGUUAACCAGCUGGUCUAACUCUAUAAAUAAAAUGGAAGUUACAGAUGGAAACUUGCAGGCUCUAGCUGGCUAUCUGCAACAGACACUUUCCGCAGAGAAAGAAGUCAGAAAACAAGCUGAGAAGUUUCUGGAAUCUGUUGAGAGGAACAAGAACUACCCGAUUUUGUUGCUACAUCUGAUGGACAAGGGGGAAGUAGAUCAGCAUGUUCGUGUCAGCGCUGCCAUCACCUUCAAGAACUACAUCAAACGCAACUGGAAAAUGGAAGGUGUGGAUGAUAAAAUCCACCCCGACGAUCGCACGGCUAUCAAACAGCACAUUGUUGGCUUAAUGCUCAAGAGUCCAGAACAAAUCCAGAAACAGCUGAGUGAUGCCAUCAGUAUAAUAGGUCGUGAAGACUUCCCCGACAAGUGGCCUAACCUCAUAACCGAGAUGGUCACCAAGUUCCAGACUGGGGACUUCCACGUCAUAAAUGGCGUCCUUAGAACAGCACAUUCUAUAUUCAAAAGGUACCGUCAUGAAUUCAAAUCUCAGCAGCUUUGGACAGAGAUAAAGUUUGUGUUGGAAAAUUUUGCAGCUCCACUCACAGAACUGUUUAAUGCAACGAUGGAAUUAGGAAAGAAGCAUGCUUCUGAUCCUGAAGCUCUCAAAAUGAUCUUCAGUUCUCUUCUACUCAUCUGCAAAAUAUUCUACAGCCUCAACUUCCAGGACCUUCCAGAACAUUUUGAAGACAAUAUGACCAUAUGGAUGAAUCACUUCCUGGCACUGCUCAGUGUGGACAACAAGUUACUGAGGACAGAUGGUGAAGAAGAGGCGGGGUUACUUGAGCAGGUGCGUUCUCAGGUGUGUGACAAUGUCGCACUGUAUGCCCAGAAGUACGAUGAAGAGUUCUCUCCCCAUUUGCCACAGUUUGUAACAGCAAUUUGGGGUCUGUUAACAAGCACGGGACAGCAAGUUAAAUAUGAUUUACUGGUGAGCAAUGCCAUCCAGUUUUUAGCAUCAGUGGCCGAAAGACCGUCGUACAAGAGUUUGUUUGAAGACCCUUCUACUUUAGCCAGCAUUUGCGAGAAAGUCAUCGUGCCAAAUAUACAACUCAGAGCUGCUGAUGAGGAGUUGUUUGAAGAUAAUCCAGAAGAAUAUAUUAGACGUGAUAUUGAAGGAUCGGAUGUAGAUACACGUCGGCGGGCUGCAUGUGACUUGGUUCAAGCUCUGUGUAAAAUGUUUGAAGGACCAGUGAUACAGAAUUUUUCAACAUAUGUCCAAGGACUUCUUGAAGAAUAUGCCAAAAAUCCCACUGUCAGCUGGAAGAGUAAAGACGCUGCAAUAUAUCUUGUUACGUCUCUUGCAUCAAAAGGACAGACACAGAAGCAAGGUGUAACCCAAACGAGCAGUCUGGUUAAUAUCACAGACUUCUACCAGGCACAGAUUCUUCCCGAUAUUCAGUCAGCUAAUGUGAAUGAAUUUCCAAUUUUAAAAGCAGAUGCCAUCAAAUAUUUAAUGGUAUUUAGAAGUCAGCUGCCCCGGGAAAGCCUGCUAUCGAGUUUGCCACAUCUGACCCGGUAUCUGAAGAGUUCGAGUGUCGUGGUACACACGUACUCUGCCCACACACUAGAGAGAUUGUUCAUGGUGCGACAGCCGGGAGGCCAGUCCGCGAUUACGACUGUCGAUGUAAAGGAUCUGGCCAGUGAUCUCAUGUCCAGCUUGUUUGCAGCCAUGGAGCUGCCUGGAUCAACAGAAAAUGAAUAUCUCAUGAAAGCAAUCAUGCGGACGAUGUCACUGUUGAAUGAAAACAUCAUUCCAAUGGUUUCUCACCUCCUCAAGAGCCUCACCGCAAAACUUGUCCUUGUCAGCAAAAAUCCCAGCAAGCCCCACUUUAAUCACUAUUUAUUUGAGUGUUUCUGUAUUGCCAUCCGUACGUCCUGUAAGCACGAUGCAUCCGCGGUGAAGAUGUUUGAGGACGCCUUGUUCCCUCCCUUUACCGAUAUUCUGCAGCAAGAUGUCCAAGAGUUCAUGCCAUAUGUGUUUCAAAUGCUGUCGCUGUUGAUUGAGCUUCACUCUGGUCGUAUUCCCGAUACGUACAUCGCUCUCUUCCCUCACCUACUGGCUCCGGUAUUGUGGGAGAGGCCCGGUAACAUUCCACCACUAGUCCGACUCCUACAGGCUUUCAUUGAGAAAGGAUCACAGCAGAUAGAGCCUGACAAACUGAAUGGACUACUUGGAAUAUUUCAAAAAUUGAUUGCAUCCAAAACAAAUGACCACGAAGGGUUCUACUUGUUAAAUGCCAUUAUAGAAUUCAUGCCUGCCAACCUUGUGAACCAGUACAUAAAGCAAGUGUUUAUCUUGGUGUUUCAGAGAUUGUCCAGUUCUAAAACAACUAAAUAUAUUAAAAGUCUGUUGGUGUUUUUUAGUCUGUAUGCUAUCAAAUUUGGAGGCCAAAGUCUUGUGGAUAUGGUGGAUACCAUUCAACCUAAAAUGUUUGGUAUGGUGAUUGAGAAGCUCUACCUUCAAGAUCUUCAGAAAAUUUCUGGUCACAUAGAGAAGAAAAUCUGUGCUGUCGGAGUUACCAAGGUCCUCACAGAGGUCCCGUCUAUGUUACAGGGGGACUACGCUGCUUUGUGGCCUCAGUUGCUACAAGCUCUCAUCAGCUUGUUUGAACUUCCCGAAGAUGUGUCUGUACCGGAUGAUGAACAUUUUAUUGAGGUUGAUGAUAUAUCAGGUUAUCAAACAACCUAUUCUCAGCUGGCUUUUGCUGGAAAGAAAGAGCAUGAUCCUUUCUCUGGAGCAGUUCCCGAUGUCAAGAUGAACUUGGUCAAACAUUUGUACGAGCUUUCAACACGACACCCUGGCAUGCUAUCACCAAUUAUAAACCAGGGAUUGCAGGCAGAAGCUCAGAACUUCCUCCGACAGUAUCUCCUAACUGCCAAUGUCAGUCUUUUAUGAGAAUCAAACAGUAGAGCGGCAUCAACAAAGAUGAAGAAAUGUCCAGGGAAAAUUCCUAUGCACAGAUGGACACAGGCAUUCUAUCCAGCAUCACUGUCAGUGUUGCAUUUAAAACAACAUUUACAUCUCAGACGUGGUCUGUGCAUUUUUAUGAAAGGGAAAGUGUACCCUGAAAUAAAAUGUUCGAUUGUUGGAUACUAGCUAAACGAGAUUGUAAAAUAAUAAUGAAGUCCAUACUGUGCAGUGUUCAGUGUCGUGGAUUCUGUAUUGGUGUACUGUUCAGAGUAUCUGUUGACAGUUGAACAUAAAAUAUCUACUGUGAACCAAGAAGUUCAUCAAGAUCCAUUGUGAUCUUUAAAUCCAGUAUUUAAUGUUCGGGGGUAAAUAACAUUUCUUCCCCCCCCACCCCCACCCCCACCCCGACUUUACCUGGACCUAAAUAUGUUUUUACUAAUAUCCAGGUCCACUUGCAAAUAGACUGAAUAUUUCUGUUGCUGUAUAUUUAUAUUUUAUAUUUAUGUUAGUCGAAGUUUUCUUUUGCUUACGUACUGUAACUGACAAUAUAAAUAUUGGAUGAUCAGUAUGACCAGAUUUAGAUAUGGUGAAUUUCUUACCAUUUAGCAUAUUUCUUCAAAUGGGGGGGGGGGUACAUUUGGUAAAGAAGUUCGCUAGCAACGAACUGCUAAUGAUUAUCAGAUGUUUUAUAAAUACAAAGAAAAAAAUUAAGUACAUUUUCAGGGAAAGAAAUAAAUAUUAAAUGUGAUGUAUGGCAACAGAAAUAGUGUAACUUGCAAACAAAUGGUGGAUACAUGUGUCAAUAUUAUUAUGUAAUUAAAGAUGCAAUAAUAA